AUGGAGAAGCUAGAGAGAAUUCAUCCAAACAGGCAAGUGUUGGCCUUUAUUUUGAUGGUGUUCUUUUCUCAAGUUCGCUCCGAGCCUAUUCGUUAUUCUGUGCCUGAGGAAACAGAGAGUGGCUCCUUUGUAGCCCAUCUGACCAAGGAUCUGGGCCUGAAAACCGGGGAACUGGCCGCCCGGUCUGCCCGGGUGGUGUCUGACGAUGACAAGCAGCCUUUGCAGCUGGAUCGUCAGACAGGAGAUUUGCUUCUGAAGGAGAAACUAGACCGGGAGGAGCUAUGUGGCCCUACAGAGCCAUGUGUACUGCAUUUCCAAGUGCUCCUGGAAAUGCCAGUGCAGUUUUUUCAAGGAGAAUUAUCAAUCCAGGACAUAAAUGACCACUCUCCAGUAUUCCCUGAUAAGGAAGUGCUCUUGAAAAUACCAGAAAACAGCCAGCCAGGGACUCUGUUUCCGUUGAUAUUAGCUCAGGAUAUGGAUGUGGGUAGCAAUGGUCUUCAACAAUACACAAUCAGCCCCAAUUCUCAUUUUCAUAUUCUCACUCGAAAUCAUAGUGAGGGCAAGAAAUACCCGGAUUUGGUGCAGGACAAAGCGCUGGACCGAGAGGAGCAGCCUGAGUUUAGCUUAACCCUCAUGGCGCUGGAUGGUGGAUCACCACCUAGGUCUGGGACGGUCAUGGUUCGAAUCUUGAUCAUGGAUGUCAAUGACAAUGCUCCUGAGUUCGUGCACACCCCAUAUGAGGUGCAGGUCCUGGAAAACAGCCCCCUAGACUCCCCACUUCUUAGUGUCACAGCUAGGGAUGUGGAUGCUGGAAACUUCGGGAGUGUUUCCUAUGGCUUGUUCCAAGCACCAGAUGAAAUUAAACAAACUUUCUCAAUAAAUGAAGUAACAGGAGAAAUCCGACUAAAAAAGAAAUUGGAUUUCGAAAAAAUUAAAUCUUACCAUGUGGAAAUUGAGGCCACAGAUGGAGGAGGCCUCUCCGGGAAAGGCACAGUAGUCAUAGAGGUGGUGGAUGUGAACGAUAACGCCCCUGAACUUAGCAUAUCUUCGCUCACCAGCUCCAUCCCGGAAAAUGCUCCUGAGACUGUAGUCUCUAUCUUCCGAAUUCGAGAUAAAGAUUCGGGAGACAAUGGAAAGAUGAUUUGCUCUAUUCCAGAUAAUUUGCCAUUCAUUCUAAAGCCAAUUUUCAAGAAUUUUUAUACCCUGGUAACAGAGAGACCGUUGGAUAGAGAGAGCCGAGCUGAAUACAACAUCACCAUCACCAUCACUGACUUGGGGACACCCAGGCUGAAAACAGAGGUGUCCUCGCUCUUCCUCUUCUCGGUGCUGCUGUUCGUGGCGGUGCGGCUGUGCAGGAGGAACAGGGCGGCCUCGGGGGGUCGCUGCUCAAUGCCCGAGGGCCAUUUUCCGGGCCACCUGGUGGACGUCAGCGGCACGGGGACCCUGUCCCAGAGCUACCAGUAUGAGGUGUGUCUGACGGGAGACUCUGGGACUGGUGAGUUUAAAUUCCUGAAGCCGAUAUUCCCCAACCUCUUGGUUCAGGACACUGGGGAAGAUGUUAAGGAAAACCCCAAGUACAGAAAUAGCUUUGUAUUCAAUUAA